CGAAGUUGCUAGCACUGUGGACAGUACUGUUCGUUUGCAACAUGACUUCUCCCAUCGGAAUAGCAUUUCUGCUUGUGGCAACGCUGUCGGUUACCUCCGGUUACAGGAUCCUCAGCAUCAAUAUGAGCCCAAGCCGAUCACACAUCAUAGUACAGGAAGCACUGGCCAAAGAACUAGCCCGACGGGGCCAUCACGUUACGAUGGUCAGUCCCCAUCCAUCGAAAUAUCCGUUGGAAAGCUAUCGACAUAUUGCUGUUCCCGUUGCUGAUUGGCAGAAAGAUGGAAUGAAGGGUAUUAUGACAGAUCAAUCCGCAUGGGAGAUGGUGAAAGCUUUUCCAAAAAUGAAUCGAAUGGCUCUGGAGGCAGCAAAUAUCAGCAUCCAUUACCCUGAAGUCCAACGAAUUAUAAAAGAAGAAAAGUUCGAUCUUUUAAUGGUAGGAUUGAUGGGGGAUUUUUUAUUAGGGAUAUCGAACUGGAUCGGAGCCCCCACAGUGGUUGUUAAUCCCAACGCGGCCAUGCAUAUGACCAACGAGAUGGUAGGAAAUCCUAGCCCCUUGGCAACUGUUCCGAACCCUAUUAGAGGAAUGCCAAGUCCGAUGAACUUUAUCAACAGACUGAACAAUUUGUUGAUCACCUUCUUGGAGCAUGUCUUCGCCUUGUAUUUUAAACAUACGUCGGAGCAAUUUUACGACUCUAUUUUUCCCCGUGGUCAGUUCCCAUCGUACAAAGAAGUACGACAAAAUGUGUCACUUGUUUUGGUUAAUCAGCACUUUACAAAAAGCUCUCCUCGUCCGUACGUUCCAGCGAUUGUAGAAGUCGGUGGACUGCAAGUCAAACAAACUGCGGAUCCUCUGCCAGAUGAUCUGCAGAAAUGGACUGAUGAGGCGGAAAAUGGCUUCAUCCUAUUCAGUCUGGGCACUAAUCUCUUGAGUUCAACAAUCCCAAAAGAAAAACUGGAAGCCUUGAUCAACACACUAUCGAAGUUGAAACAGCGUGUCAUUUGGAAGUGGGAUACCGAGCAUAUGCCAAAUAAGCCUGAUAACAUUCUUCUCAAAAAGUGGCUUCCUCAAGACGACAUUCUGGCGCACAAGGGAUGCCGUCUGUUCGUAAUGCAUGGCGGACUGGGAGGAGUAGCAGAAGCUCUAUACCACGGUGUUCCUCUGUUGGGUAUGCCAUUUUUCGGAGAUCAACAGUCAAACAUAGCUGCCGUUGAAAAGGAAGGAUGGGCUGUCACCGUGAAGUUCUCAGACCUAACAGAAGCCACGUUUUCCGCGGCCAUCAACGAAGUUUUGCUGAACGCUAGCUACACGCAGAAAGCAAAACAGCUUUCCGAAUUGUAUCGGGAUCGACCUCAAUCGGCAUUGGAUACGGCAGUGUUCUGGACAGAGUACGUGAUCCGACACAAAGGGGCACGUCAUAUGCGCUAUCCCGGAUUGGAUCUGAACUUCUUCCAGAAGAACAUGCUUGAUGUGGUAGCUGUGCUUAUUGUUAGUGUUUAUAUCGCAGUAAAAGUUAUAUGGUUCGCGUGCAUCAAAGUGUGCAAGAGGAAGCAAUCGAAAUUAAAAAUAAAAUGAUUGUCGUUAAGAACCAGCAUUUAGAACAAAUAUUCAUAUUUUCCACAUUGGAGGUCGACAAAUAAAUU